AUGGAUCCCACCCAGAAAGAAGCCGCCAUCUUGUGCAUAGUGCAGUCUGGGACGCUGAUGAUGGAGUACCUGAGAGCCAGCAGCGAGGCGGCAGCAGCAGCGGCUUCCCGACGGCGGCAGGCUUCCACUGCUGGCGUUCGGCGUGGCGGCCGCCUCCGGUCGGUCGAGAGGCGCUUCUGGGCGCGGCCCCGAAGCACCGCGUGGUGGGACCGCACGGUCCUGGAGACGUGGGACGACGGCCAGUGGCUCCAGAACUUCCGGAUGCGCAAGGCCACUUUCCUGGAGCUGUGUGCCCGGCUCUCUCCGGCCCUGCAGCGCCAGAAGACGCGGAUGAGGGUCCCCCUGAGCGUGGAGAAGCGUGUGGCCAUCGCGCUGUGGAAGCUGGCCACCUCCGUCUGCUACCGCGACGUGGGCAACCAGUUCGGCGUGGGCAGAUCCACCGCCGGCUCGGUGGUGCUGGAAGUCUGCCGGGCCAUCCAGCGCGUGCUGAUGCGCAUCACGGUGACCGUAGGCAGCGGCCUGACCGAAAUUGUGGAUGGGUUCGAGAGGAUGGGCUUCCCCAACUGCGCCGGCGUGGUGGGCACCACCCACAUGCCCAUUUUGUGCCCACCACACCAGGCUGCUGAGUACGUCAACUCCAAGGGCUACUACUCCAUGGCGCUACAAGCGUUGGUGGACCACCGGGGCAAAUUCACCCACCUGAGCGCUGGCUGGCCAGGAAAAACCCACGAAGCCAAGAUCUUCAACAAGUCCACCUUGUUCACUAAAGGGCAGGAAGGGACUCUCUUCGCGCCGGGUGCUUUGGACAUCAAUGGGGUGUUUGUCCCCAGGGUCAUCCUGGGUGGCCCUGCUUACCCCCUUCUCCCGUGGCUGAUGGUUCCUUACACAGCAGAUCUGGACGACAGCAAGGAGCUCUUCAACGCCACCUUGAAGAGGUGCCAGGGGCCACUGGAGGAGGCCUUCGGCAGGCUGAAGGGCCGGUGGCGUUGCCUGACGGGCCGCAACGAUUGCGCCGUGGAGAAUCUCCCCCGCCUCAUCUCCGCCUGCUGUGUCUUGCACAACAUCUGUGAGGAGAAAGGGGAGGCCUAUGAGGAGACGUGGGAGGCCGAGGCCAAGCAGCUGGCCGCCACCUUCGAACAGCCCCUCCAGAGGCCAGACUCUCGAAUCAAGCCUGCGGCCCGGUCUGAGAGGGUCCGGGACUCCCUCUGUGCCUACCUGGCCAGUGUAGCAUGA